GGAGCCCGCCGCACCAGGCAUGCUCAGUGGCGCUGCCGGCUGGGUGGCCCGCGAGCUGCACCCGGAUCUGCUCGGCGGCGGCGACGUGAGCGCGCAGGGGGGCGGCGGCCUCGCCUCGUCUCUCUCUCUGCGCCUGGGUCGGGUGGGUGACGCCGAGAGCCAGAGAGAUGUCGGAUUUCGACAGUAACCCGUUUGCCGACCCGGAUCUCAACAAUCCCUUCAAGGAUCCAUCAGUUACACAAGUGACAAGAAAUGUUCCACCAGGACUUGACGAAUAUAAUCCAUUCUCGGAUUCUAGAACACCUCCACCAGGUAGUGUGAAGAUGCCUAAUGUACCCAAUACACAACCAGCAAUAAUGAAACCAACAGAGGAACAUCCAGCUUAUACACAGAUUGCAAAGGAACAUGCAUUGGCCCAAGCUGAGCUUCUUAAGCGCCAGGAAGAACUAGAAAGAAAAGCCGCAGAAUUAGAUCGUCGGGAACGAGAAAUGCAAAACCUCAGUCAACAUGGUAGAAAAAAUAAUUGGCCACCUCUUCCUAGCAAUUUUCCUGUUGGACCUUGUUUCUAUCAGGAUUUUUCUGUAGACAUUCCUGUAGAAUUCCAAAAGACAGUAAAGCUUAUGUACUACUUGUGGAUGUUCCAUGCAGUAACACUGUUUCUAAAUAUCUUCGGAUGCUUGGCUUGGUUUUGUGUUGAUUCUGCAAGAGCGGUUGAUUUUGGAUUGAGUAUCCUGUGGUUCUUGCUUUUUACUCCUUGUUCAUUCGUCUGUUGGUACAGACCACUUUAUGGAGCUUUCAGGAGUGACAGUUCAUUUAGAUUCUUUGUAUUCUUCUUCGUCUAUAUUUGUCAGUUUGCUGUACAUGUACUCCAAGCUGCAGGAUUUCAUAAUUGGGGCAAUUGUGGUUGGAUUUCAUCCCUUACUGGUCUCAACCAAAAUAUUCCUGUUGGAAUCAUGAUGAUAAUCAUAGCAGCACUUUUCACAGCGUCAGCAGUCAUCUCACUAGUUAUGUUCAAAAAAGUACAUGGACUAUAUCGCACAACAGGUGCGAGUUUUGAGAAGGCCCAACAAGAGUUUGCAACAGGUGUGAUGUCCAACAAAACUGUCCAGACCGCAGCUGCAAAUGCAGCUUCAACUGCAGCAUCUAGUGCAGCUCAGAAUGCUUUCAAGGGUAACCAAAUUUAAGAAUCUUCAAACAAUACACUGUUACCUUUUGACUGUACUUUUUUCUCCAGUUACUGUAUUCUACAAAUAUUUUUAUGUUCAAAACACAGAGUACAGACAGCAUGGAUAUUUCCUGUUCACUUGUGCAUGGGCUAAAACCAGGAAAACUUCCUUGUCUUAUUACUUUACCUAAUAGUUUCUUAAUAUUUCAGUGCCCCUUGCAGAAAAAAUAUUACAUGCUAAAUAAAUAUUCUCCAUAUUUUUUGGGGGAUGACGUUCAGUGAAUUAUUUCAGUGGUGACCCACUGAAAAUUAAUAAUGGUACUUAUGAUUAAAAACACGUUUAAUACUAACUGCAGUAGUUCUUUCAAGAAUCUUUAGAGAUAAGGAUUGUGCAUUGAAAAAGUAAACUAUGUUUCAUUCCUUUUUCCCUAUUUAUAUUGAAAGAAAUAGGCCAGCAGAGACUUAGGGAUUUUAAAUGGGCUUGCUUUUUAGCUGUUUCAGUUACCAGUGAAGAGCCUAUUUGCAUUUUGUAGUAGAUAAUGUAGUAUUUGUCAUCUUUUUCUUUUCUUUUUUUUUUUUAGAGUAGCUGAUAUUUUGAUAACAAUCUCUGAUUUGCAUGGGCACCACAUUUCUUAUAUUAAGAGAAUUAGUAUUUUGGCUUCUGUACUGCUUAUGGUUGUAGGAUUCAGGGGUUAAUGGAAUCACAGAAAUGGUUUUCUGCAAGAGUUUCUUUUAUAUAAAAAGUUUGGGGGUGCAAUAUAAGAAUUUAAUAUAAUACGCAGUACAUUAUCCAAAAGAGAAGGUAGUUAAUGCAGUAGAAAGUAGUGGUAAUAAUUCCUUUUAAAAAUUUCGGUAGUCAUAUAGUAACAUUUUGCUAUAUGAAAACUUUGGUAUAUUCUGUGGUUACAACUAAGAUUGUGUCUGGCAGCUCUUUUUGGGGCAUGUGUGUGUGUGAUUUUUAACAGAGGUAUUAAAGGCUAGCCUAACCGUUGUCUAAAAAGAAUGUACAGUAUUUAAGGGAUUUUCCUUUAGCUUUUAAUCUCCAGUGGCAUCAAACAUAAAAAGACCCUGGCAUUUUUUCAUGUACUUGAAUCCCUAAAUGCACCUGUCUUUCACUUUUUGAGACAGACUGAAUAUACCGAAAAUUUCCAGCAAUAGAAAAAAAAAGCAUUUAACUUGCACCAAGCAAGAAAAUAUAAAUACAGUUAAAUGCAUUAAGAUAAUCACAUUAAAAUUGUUACUAUGCAGCACAGAACUUCGUUCUUAUAGUAUUCUUGGGUUCAAACUUUGAAUCAAUUUUAACACUGAUUAAGUGACUCAAAGACAUUUGUAAGUCAUGCUACUGUGUUUUGAAAGUCUAGCUAAUUUAAGAUUGCAGAAUGAUAGAUGGUGAUUUUUCAAUUAGAUUUUAAGUAAGGAUUGUGAUAUUAGAGGCUGGAAAUCCUUAUUUUUUAAAAAAUCAGAUAGGCAUAAAUAGUUAAAUCGCUUUCAUUCUCCCCAAACCUGGAGUUACAGAAAAAGUUUCAUGCUAGAGGUGGGAUGCCAAGUUCUCACUAUCCAUGAAGCAGCGCUGCGUGUUACUAGGUAACACAGAUCCAUCCAGAUGGUGUUUACAUUUGAUUUAUUUGGGAUCUUACUGACAUCAGGUAUACUUGGAAGACAUUUCUUUUACUCUUCAGCAUAUGAAUUUAAAGCUGAUUUUGUAAAUAUUUCGAAUCAGCCAUAAUUUCUACCUGCAUUCUCAACCAACUUAGCCAGUUUGUUUUUCAGAGCCUGUAGUGUUAUUGGAAAUCUUUUUUAUCAGUGUGCUUUAUUGAGUGUAGAUUUUGCAUACAUUCAAAACAUUAACCACAAAAUACAGCAAGAGCACCUAUAUUCACCAUUAACUUAUAUCCCAAGUCCAUUUUUUUCUACACACUACAAACAAAAGAUAUAUUAGAAACUUUUGAAAAAUGCUGAAAUACUUUGCUUCAGAAUUGGAAUGUUUAUAUUACAUAGAAAUCCUCAAAGGUAGCAUUAUUAAAUAGCAAAGAAUAAUUAGAACCCACAUCUUUUUUUGUGUGGAUGGGGAAAAUGUUUUAAAAUCCAGUUAUUUAAUACAAGUUUGAGAGAGAAAAUUGUUUUUUAAAAAUAUACGUGUGCAUUGAAAUGAUGGCAAUGCUUGUAGUAUGAUCGUAUGAAAGGAGCUUUAAAUUCUUACAUUUACUUUUCUCUAUCAGCAAAUUGUUAAAUUUUCACUCAGCAAAAGAUUGGCAUUUGUUAGUGUUUUAUAUUUAAUACUAAAAUCACAGUCAUGAAAUCAUAGUCAUAAAUGGUCUUCACAUAGUAGUCAUCCAUGUUAUUUUUCAGUUUGUAAUAUUAAAUUAUGGCGAUUUUAUUUCAAACUAAAGUUUGAACACUGGAAAAUCAUUACUCAAUGAUUUGUAAUUUGGGACUUGGAUUAUUUAUCUAGAGAUGUUUGUAUAUUUUGUCAGUAACUAAUAUUGCGCUGCCAUCAUGGUGACUGUCAUGGUUCUACAGAAAUGCCCUCCAUGUGUCCCUCUAAUGUUGCAUGUUUCAGUGGGUUAGAAGUUUUGUAUAUUUAUUGUAUUAACACAGAGUGUCAUAAAAUAAAAUGCUGUUUACUGGAUGUUUGUUUGUAUAAUUUUAAACACUAUAAUAGCAAUUCAGAGACAGACAUUGUUAAAGGUUUGAUGUAUAUAGAAAUUCCAUGUUUGAUUUUUUAAAAAUAUGUGUAUAAGUCUGUCAUGUGCUAAACAAAAUAAUAUGAAAGACCUACUUAAAAACUCUGAGCAACAGAAAAUGACCAUUUUUCUGUUGCAUUAGACCUUUACAGGUAGUGGAACAUGGGGUUUCAUCCAUAUUAAAUAGUUUGGCCCCUUUAAGGUCAAAAUACAGAUCAUCUAGAAGUUAGAUUCAAAAUGGAAAACCUAUUCGUGACUCAGAUAUUUCAUUGUGGAUUAAAAAUGGGUGUCUCUGUACUAGUAUUGUAUUUAUUCAAUUGUAUUCUCAUUUCUAACUUCGCUACCUAUUGCUCUUUUAUGUACUGAUGAAAGUACCUAUUUGUGUAUAUUGGAUUUUUCACUUGGUUAGCUAAAGAAGAUGUAAAAAUAUCUAAAAUAAUGUUCAUGGUGAAUCUUAUUUUGAGAAAUACAUGUUAAAAAAGGAACGGUAUUCCUUAUUUUCUGGUUGUUGUAUUUUAAAAAGCGAGUUUGGAUUUUUACACCUAAUUUACUAGGAAAAUAUUCUGUAAUUCAUGUUAAGAUAAUGUAUGGUUUGCAUUUUAAGGGGAUUUAUGUUAGGUUAAUUAGUCGUUUCUGUAAAUCAUUUGUAAUAGUGCUUUUUACUCAUUGCUGUAUCUUUUUCUGAAAACACUGUUGUUAACAUCUGAUUCGGUACCCUUAUUGGUACAAA